AUGAAGUUCAGUCUCUCUCUUUCAGUAGCAAUGGCGUGUACACUGCAUAUGGUUUUGAUCUUCUCCUGUGUUUAUCUGGUUUGCCUUUCUGCUCAACAAGAAACUGGAUUUGUCUACAAUGGCUUCGAUCAAGCAGAUCUUUUUGUUGAUGGGAAUGCUAUGAUUCUACCUGGUGGGCUUUUGCAGUUGACAAAUACUACAGAGUUGCAGAUGGGUCACGCUUUCUUCAAACAGCCAUUUGAUUUUGAUCCAUCUUCAUCACUCUCCUUCUAUACACAUUUUGUGUGUGCACUGGUGCCUCCAAAGUUGGGAGCUGAUGGUGGCCAUGGGAUUGCCUUUGUUGUAUCUCCUUCCAUGGAUCUCUCUCAUGCAUAUGCAACUCAGUACAUGGGCGUCUUCAACAGCUCAACUACUGGGACUUCUUCUUCUCAUUUGCUAGCUAUUGAGCUUGAUACUGUUAAGACAGUAGAGUUUAAUGAGUUGGAAAAGCCUCAUGUCGGGAUUGAUGUGAACAGCCCAAUAUCUAUUGAAUCUGCUCUGCCGUCAUACUUUUCCAGCGAGUUAGGGAAGAAUAUAAGCAUCAAUCUCUUGAGUGGGGAGCCUAUCCAGGUCUGGGUGGAUUAUGAUGGAUCGUUGCUCAAUGUCUCGUUGGCCCCUUUAGAAAUCCAGAAACCAAAUCGGCCUCUUCUAUCACGAGCCAUCAAUCUUUCAGAAAUCUUUCAAGAUAAGAUGUAUGUUGGGUUCUCUGCAUCAACAGGAAACCUGCUUAGUAACCAUUAUAUACUCGGGUGGAGUUUUGGUAGAAGCAAAGAAGUAUUACGGACCCUGGACCUCUCCAAACUCCCUCAGGUUCCGCUUCCUAGAGAGGAAAAAAAGAAAUUACCUCCACUGCUUAUUGGUUUGGUUGUCUUAUUGGUGAUUCCUGUGCUGAUGAUUCUCGGAGGAGUUUAUUUGUACAGGAGAAACAAGUUUGCAGAAGUAAGAGAAUCAUGGGAAAAGGAAUAUGGCCCACACCGAUUCUCCUACAAGUCUCUGUACAAAGCAACAAAUGGGUUUGGCAAAGAUUGUCGUAUUGGGAAAGGUGGGUUUGGAGAAGUCUACAAAGGAACUUUGCCCCUAAAUAGGCAUAUAGCUGUGAAAAGACUAACCCAUGAUGCAGAGCAAGGAAUGAAACAGUUUGUGGCAGAAGUUGUAACUAUGGGAAAUUUACAGCAUCGAAAUUUGGUUCCUCUCCUCGGAUAUUGUAGGAGAAAGGGUGAGUUACUGCUGGUCUCUGAGUACAUGCCUAAUGGUAGUCUUGACCAGUACUUGUUUCAUGACCAAAACCCAUCUCCUUCAUGGUUGCAAAGGAUUUCCAUUCUGAAGGACAUUGCUUCAGCUCUCAGUUAUCUGCAUACAGGAGCCAAGCAAGUCGUUUUGCACCGGGAUAUAAAAGCUGCUAAUGUCAUGUUAGAUUCUAAGUUCAAUGGACGGUUAGGCGAUUUUGGUAUGGCCAAGUUUUAUGAUCAUGGAGCCAACCUAUCUGCAACAGCCACUGUGGGGACCGUAGGUUACAUGGCACCUGAGCUAAUAACAACGGGAGCUUCUACGAAAACAGAUGUGUAUGCAUUUGGUGCCUUCCUUCUUGAAGUAAUAUCUGGAAGGCGGCCUGUGGAACCUGGGCUGCCGGUCGGAAAACAAUAUUUGGUCAAGUGGGUCUGUGAAUGCUGGAAACAGGGUUCCUUACUCGAGACCAUAGAUCCAAGAUUGGGAGGAGGAUUCUUAUCCAUGGAAGCCGAGAUGGUUCUGAAACUUGGGUUGCUCUGCACAAAUGCUAUGCCAGAAUCAAGGCCUGCCAUGGGACAAGUGGUGCAAUACCUAAGCCUGGACUUACCUCUGCCGGAAUUCUCGCCGUAUACUCCAGGUAUUGGGGCUUUUAUGCCAGUUUCAAUGGAAGCAUCAUCUGCCAUUGGGAUCCCCAGAUUAAGAAAUUCAUCAUUUUCAAUGUUUGUUACUCACACGAUCUUCGACGGGCAUGGAAGAUGA